AUGUUGUUGAAGGCUCUUCGCACUCUGCUGGGCUGCGGCCUGGUCAUGUUUCAUGCCGUUCUGUCGUCAAUUUUGCCACGGGGUGAUGACCCUGGUGGACACAACUGGAUUGACCAUGACAAGGUCGUUGCAUUUACACAAAAUGCCAGUGCCGAUUUCGGAGGACAGGUCGAGCUUCGGUUCAAUCCUUACCUCUACGUUGCGGGAGGCUGCGAUCCGUAUCCCGCGGUCGAUGCCAGUGGUAACCUCGGAUAA